AUGGACACGGAUGUCCGCUUAAGGUCAGGACUUGCCCUUUUCGCGUCCUUGCUUUCUCUCUUUGUGUCUCUUUAUUCUGUUUCUUCAAUUGACGCAACAUGUUCUUUCUCUCCUUUCUUUAAACACGAAGUACUUUUUUCUUUUUGUCAUUCUUUCGUUCUUUUUUAUAUAGCUUUCUUUCUUUCUUUCUUUUUUUCUUUCUUUCUUUCUUUUUUUCUUUCUUUCUUUCUUUCUUUCUUUCUUUUUUUCUUUCUUUCUUUCUUUCUUUCUUUGUCUUUGCCUUUCACAGAGUCUGUACCUUCUUUCUCUUUGCAUUUCUGUCGGCCAAUUCUUUCUUUCUUUCUCUUUUCUUUCUUUCUUUCUUUCUUUCUUUCUUUCUUUAUUUAUUUAUUUAUUUAUUUAAUCUUCUGUUUCUUCUUCUCUCUUUUGUUCAGACGUUUUUCUUUCUCACAUUUCUUUCUAUCGUUCCUUCUUUGUUUCUUUCUUUCUUUGAUCUUCUUCUUUUCUUUCGUUUUUUUUUUCUUGUCUGUCUUUUUUGUUAUUGCUUUACUGUUUCCUUUUUCUUUCUGUUUUUAUUCAGAGAGAAUUCCCAAGAAUUCAUUUCUUCCAUUUUUCCUUCCUUUCUUCCGCUCUCCUUUCCUUCUUUAUUUCGUUCCUUUCUUCUCUCAUUCUGUACUCCUUUUCAUUUUCGUUCCUUUUCUUUUUUUCUCUUCCUUCCUUCCUUCCUUCCUUCCUUCCUUCCUUCCUUCCUUCCUUCCUUCCUCCAGUCUCUACUCCUUUCCUUCCUUCCUUUCUUCCUCCAUUCUUUCUUUCCUUCCUAUCUUCUUGUCAGUAGUCCUUCCUUCCUUCCUUUAUUCAUCUUUCCCUUGCUUCCUUAUUUCCUUCCUAUCUUCAUCCAGUCUGUACUCUUUUCGCUCGUUCCUUCGUUCCUUCCUUGUUUCCUUUCUCCCUUCUUUUUUUAUUUCCUUCCUAUCUUCCUUUAGUCUAUACUACUUUUCCCUUUCUUCUUUCCUUCUUUACUCAUUUCCCUCUUCAUUCUUUCAUGUUUUUCUUCCAUUUCCCUUUCUUUGCUUCCCAAUCUGUAUUACUUUCCUUUUCUUUCUUUCUUUCUUUCUUUUCUUUCUUUCUUUCUUUCUUUCUUUCAAACUAUAUUCCUUUUCUUUCCUUUUCUUUAUUUCUUUUUUUAAAUCUGUAUUCCUUUUCUUUCUUUCUUUCUUUCUUUCUUUCUUUCUUUCUUUCUCUUCGCCUUUCACAGAGUCUCUCCCUUCUUUCUCUUUGUAUUUUAGUCGGCCUAUUCUUUCUUUCUUUCUUUCUUUCUUUCUUUCUUUCUUUCUUUCUUUCUUUCUUUCAAACUAUAUUCCUUUUCUUACCUUUUCUUGA